CCGAUAUGAAUCGAGUGGAAUAAACUUAAGCGCAACUUGGUGGAAUCGACCAAGAGUGAAAACUCUCAUGUUCCGUCCAGAUUCAGGAGCCUAUAUGUGGAACAAGAGGACACUGUGAAAGUAUGAUUCUGGAGGACUUAAAGCAAUAAACUGCACGACAAUCUGGUAGUUAAACAACAUUAAGGACAUUCGAUGUAAAGCAGAAUCUGAACAGAGUCGGCCGUGGUGGGGUGCUCAUGCAAUGGAUCUCGACCGUCAGAAGAGAAAAGAGGAAAUUCAAAAGGCGCUGGGUUUUAUUCAGUCAUCAUUGCCGUUUCCUGAACCAGAGGGUUAUGAGGCAUUUUUGACUCAGCUGGUGUGCAAUCUCCUGGAUGAGGGGAACUCCACAUUUCGCGAUGGGGAGUGGAGACAGGCGGCCCACAACUACAGCGAGGGUAUCAACGUGGCCCGCUACGCCCAGUCCGAGGCGCUGGUCAUCCCGCCGGAGCUGCUGGAGAGCCUCUAUGUAAACAGGGCAACCGCCCACUAUCACAGUGGAGACUAUGAUUGCGGCGUGCAGGACUGCGAGAAUGCGCUGUGCGUGUCCGAGGGCAGUCGCCGCGCGCUCUACCGCAAGGCCCUCUGCCUGCGCGAGAUGGGCCGCCUCCGUGAGGCGUACGAGUGUAGCACAGGAUGCCUUCUCACCGCCCCGCACGACCGACAAGUGAGUGAGCUCGCCCUGGAGCUGGCCGGCAAGCUGGGCCUGAAGAACCGCAAGGCUUAUGUAAGCCCGCAGGUGGACUCGAGCAUGGCGGGCUCUGAGAGCAACGGUGAUGGCACUUCUUCUCCCGGGGAGACAUCCUCCAACGGCCUGGAAUCAUUAAGUGAAAUUGGAUCAGACUUGUCCAGCGCCCAGUGCAUUCCUGCCCCAUUGGCCACGCCCAUCCCGGUCAGCGACGACCCGGCCCCGGCUCCGGGCUCGCUGUCUCCCGGUGGCGGUAGCGGCGGCGGUGGUGGCAUGCUGCCCGAGACGCCAGAGAGCCCCGGGGGUGGGCAGGGAGGGCUGCAGGGCAGCGUGCAAUACUCCGUGCCCGUCUCCGAGAACAGCGAGGAUCUGGUGGGGCUGCUGGACUGCCUGCCCAAGGGGGCCGAGGUCAGCGUGAACCCAGUGCAGGGCGCCAUCCCCACCAACCUGCCCAACACGGCCGUGGCGCUGCGCUCCGCCUACUCCAGCUCCAGCAUCCCCUCUCUGCCCGCGCCCUCGCCCCAGCUGCCCGCCGCCUACUUCAGCUCGGCCGUCAGCCCACUCUCGACCCUGGAGCCCUUCACCAUGCUGGGCCAGAGCGAGGCCGGGAGCCAGAGGCUGGACUCGCUGGGCUUCGGCACCGCCACCGCUGGGGCCGCCACCGACAUGGCGGGCAACGGAGGAGGAGUUGGAGGCAUCGGGUCGCCCGAGUCUGGAGGACUGGACUCGCUGUCGGAGUACACGCUGCCUGGCGGGCGGAUCAAUCACAGUUUCAUCCCAGGUCUACGUAACCACACCUCCUCUCACACGAACGGACCUGCGGCCACCAACCUCUCCCUGCUGUCCAGGAACCCCCUGGCUGCCACCCACGAGUUCAGACAGGCCUGUCAUGCCUGCUACAGUCGCAUAGGCCCGCGGGUGAUGGACUACAAGUACCAGCCAGAGGCGGCCCACCGCUGCAAGAGGGACGUGCUGCUCUGCCGCCUCAAGAACUCUGAUGACCCCACCUGGAAGAGGGUGCGGCCCCGGCCCGCCCGAAACAACUUCCUUGGCGCUUUUGUUCUCUGUAAAGAGGUGCAGGAGCGUCAGGAGUGCCAGUACGGGGAGAACUGCACCUUCGCCUACUGCCAGGAGGAGAUCGACGUGUGGACGCAGGAGCGCAAGGGCGCGCUGAGCCGCGAGCUGCUCUUCGACCCGCUGGGCACCAACGAGCGCCGCGCCCUCAGUGUCACGCGCCUGCUCCAGUUGCACAUGGGCAUGUUCAUGUUCCUCUGUGAGGAAUGUUUUGACAGUAAGCCUCGCAUCAUUAGCAAGCGGAGUAAAGAGAAUCUGGCCGUCUGCUCCAACCUCACUGCCCGACACCCCUUUGACGACAAUAAGUGCCUGGUGCACGUGGUCCGCUCGGCCAACGUGCGCUACAGCAAGGUGCGGCCGCUGCACCCGCUCUGCCAGUUCGACGUGUGCCGCCACGAGGUGCGCUACGGCUGCCAGCGCGAAGACAGCUGCUCCUUUGCCCACUCCGUCAUCGAGCUCAAGUGCUGGGUCCUGCAGCAGGACACGGGGAUCACCCAUGAGGAGAUGGUGCAGGAGUCUAAGAGGCAUUGGCAGCGGCUGGAGCAGAAUGCCCAGCGACAGAAGCCCCAGCACCACAUCCCCCAGCAGCCCAGCAGUAGUGCCAGCAGCGGAGGCCCGGGUGGCAUGGGUGGAGGUGGAGGAGGAGACGGCAUGAUGGGAGGUGGUGGUGGAGGAGGAGGAGGAGGAGGUGGCAGCUGUGCUCGCGGCCGGGGCCUGAACCUGAAGAUGAAGUUUGUGUGCGGCCAGUGCUGGAGGGAGGGCCAGGUCAACGAGCCUGACAAGCAGCUCAAGUACUGCACUGCCAAGGCCAAGCACAGCUGGACUAAGGAGCGCAGGGUGCUGCUGGUCAAGUCCUUUGAGAAGAAGAAAUGGGUGGUGGUGCGCCCACUGCCUUUCUCACGCACUUACCCCCAACAGUAUGACAUGUGUGUUCACGUGAUGAAGCAGAAGAAGUGCCACUACAUUGGCAACUGCUCCUUCGCCCACAGCCUGGAAGAAAGGGACGUCUGGACCUACAUGAAGAAUAACAGCCUGCGGGACAUGCAGCAGAUGUAUGAGAUGUGGCUGGCCCUCACCAAGCAGAACCGCGGCACCGACGGAGCACUCAUAACCCCGCCCCCCGAGGAGAAACAGAUCACCAUGACGACAGAUUACGGAGAGUCAAUAGCGGGGCGUAGGUUGUCGGGGGGCGGAGACCUGUGACCCAGGCCAAUGGAGAGCAAGAAAAGAUGAGGUAUUGGCCAAUCGGGAGCAAGAAAAGAGGGAUGAGGUUUCCUGCAGUAGCAGUAGAACCAGCCUACACCCACCACUGACACCACCCCUGCAACCCCCCCCUCCUGAAACAACUCUAGCCCAACCCAACAGCAGUUUGUAAGCCCCCUCUCUCCCCCUUUCAAUACAACCGCAUAUUUGGGAAGGGGAAAAAAUCAUGGAUCCCUAAUGUAUGGCAAUGGCAACAUAACCAUAUAUAGGACCUAAAUGCGCAAAAAAACCUGCAACAUCAGAAUGUACAAACACACACACAAACACACACACACACACAGUUUCUUCUGACAUCCUCACCAAACCCCUUCCCAUUUCGGUCUUUUCAAAACACUUGUUAGGCAGCACUGCAAAGAGAUCAAUGAUUAUAAAAAAAGCUUGGCUUGUACGCCUGGCGUGAUGUAUUAUGUGGGGACAAUCUGAUCAUCGGAAACGCCUCUCUUUUUUCGAAGAGGAAAUUAAUGCCAGAAAUUAUCGUUGUUUUGUUUUAUUCCUUUAUUUUUUUGAAUAUAAAUACUGCUCUGUUUUGUCUGCCAUAUUGGCGGAAGAGUAUGAAUGUAUCAGCCAGCAGAGGCCGUAAUUAUUAGGGCCUUGUUGUUUUUAUUUUGAGCAAACAAAACAAAACGAAACAAAACCUCAAGACAUGUUGGGAUUUUUUGCGGAAUGUAUUGAUGAUAUUUGGCAAAACCAAGGUGAAAAUCUAUGAGGGGAAAAAUUUGAAUAUUUUUCAUGUUUUAACCCCAACCCCCCACCCCCUCCUCCUAAAACGCUUCAUCCCUAUAGUCCUAAACCUUAACGUAACUCCCACCUUCCGACCCUUCACCAUUGCAGUGAUCCAGGCUGGCUGGAUGCCAUCGUGCUGCUAGCUUAUCGCCCAACCCUCCAGUCAUCGUAUCCUAUAAUACCCUGUCCAACCCCCCCCCCCC